CUUGCCAUAACAUGGCUGCCUUUGGAGCGUAAGGCCUGCGACCGGGUUGUCAUUAGCUGUUCCUGUGGAAGAAGGACAUUCCCGUUGGGUUUUCCCCCGACUCGAUCCCUGGAAAAAUAUCGAAGCCAUGCCUCGUUAUGAACUGGCCCUCAUCAUGAAGGCUAUGCAGAGGGCGGAGACGGCGGCGACUCUUCGGCGGACGGUUGAGACCCUUAUGGAAAGAGGCGCAGUGGUGCGGCAUAUGGAGAAUCUCGGAGAGAGGCUGCUGCCCUACAAGAUAUCGAAACACAACCAACGCCACACGCGGGGCUCCUACUUUCUGAUAGACUUUCACGCUGCCCCGAGCAUCCUCCCGGGCUUGCUUGAUCACCUGGACCGUGACGUGGACGUGGUGAGGCCGACCGUUUUGAAGAAAGACACCGAGGUUUCCGGGAAAACUUGCUGUGGCCAUUCUCGUUCCACGUCCCAGGACACUGCUCGUAAAUGAAUGAAAUGGACUCUGCUCAUACCUAGAAGACGUGAAGUGUGAUGGCUUCCUCUGCUCUUUUCCAUUGUACACCUGCAUUCGGAUUUAAUAAACAAUGUUUUUGUAUCUCA